AUGGAUGGUCCAGAUCAAAUUGGACCCGAUCACAGGCCAGGCCGGACCGUUGGCGACAAGUUUCGUCGAGUGGUCAAGACUUUCACCACGAGAGAUGGCCUCCUUGGAAGCUACGACUACGCCUACCUUUUCAUUCCCCGACUGCCGUUUACGAAACGAGCCCGCAAGUCUGCGCCAUUCUUCGGACUAGAGGACCGUGUACCUGUCGUGUUGGCGUUGAUUCUCGGACUGCAACAUGCUUUGUCGAUGUUGGCUGGAGUGAUCUCUCCGCCGAUUAUUCUCGGUGGCUCGGGAGGGGUCAAUUUUGGCGACGAGCUCCAUCAAUAUCUGGUGUCGACCUCGCUGAUCGCCUCGGGUCUGUUGAGUGCGAUGCAAAUGGCACGGUUCCGCAUCAUUGGCACCAAGUACUUUGUGGGGACCGGCUUGCUCUCAGUGGUUGGAACCUCCUUUGCGACCAUCACUGUGGCUACCGGCACCUUUUCUCAAAUGUACAAGUCAGGUUACUGUCCUACCGACGCGGACGGCAAUCGACUGCCCUGUCCCCAAGGCUACGGUGCUCUGCUUGGGACGUCCUGCCUCUGCGCUCUCCUCGAGAUCGGUCUUUCUUUCACCAGUAGUCGCAUCCUCUCUCGCAUUUUUCCGGCUCUGGUCACAGGUCCCACGGUUCUCCUCAUCGGCGCCUCGCUCAUUCAAUCCGGGAUGCAAGACUGGGCGGGUGGCACUGGCUGUGUGCCCGCAUCGUCGACAGCACCCAGACCACUGUGCCCAAGCGCGAGUGCGCCACACGCUCUGCCCUGGGGAAGCCCCGAGUUUAUCGGGCUCGGCUUUCUCGUCUUUGUCACAAUCAUCCUCUGCGAGCGGUUCGGUCCUCCCAUUCUGAAGAGCUGCGCCGUCGUCGUAGGAUUGGUCGUUGGAUCGAUCGUCGCCGCAGCCUGCAACUACUUUGAAAGUUCCGGAAUCACCGCCGCACCGGUCGCCUCGUUCCCCUGGGUUCGCACCUUCCCUCUCUCCAUCUACCCACCUCUGAUCCUUCCCUUACUCGCGCUAUACAUUGUCCUCCUGAUGGAAUCCAUCGGCGACAUCGCCGCCACCUGCGACGUCUCCCGCCUGGCCGUUGAAGGCGCCACCUUUGACUCUCGAAUCCAAGGCGGCGUUCUGGGCAACGGACUUACCUCGAUCAUUGCCGGACUCAUGACCAUCAGUCCCAUGUCUGUCUUUGCCCAGAACAACGGUGUUAUUGCCCUGACCAAAUGUGCCAACCGCACUGCCGGAUUCUGCUGCUGCUUCUUCCUCGUGAUCAUGGGAAUCUUUUCUAAAUUUGCCGCCGCAUUGGUGAGUAUCCCCAGUGCGGUCCUGGGCGGCAUGACCACGUUCCUCUUCAGCAGCGUGGCGGUCUCCGGCAUUCGAAUCAUUUCAACCAUUGAUUUCACCCGUCGGAAUCGAUUUAUUCUGACUGCGUCAUUCUCGUUGGGAAUGGGAAUCACCUUGGUGCCAAAUUGGUGGGGGUAUGUGUUUACGUAUGAGGGGGACAAUCACGCAUUGGCGGGAUUGCUGAACGCAGUGGAUCUGGUCAUGGAGAACGGGUUUGCCGUGUGUGCGAUAAUGGGGGUGAUUUUGAACUUGAUCAUUCCCGAGGAGGCGGAUGAAGCGCCGGCGGUGUUUCAUUCCGCAGACCCGGACGAAGUCGCACAGACUCCGACGGUCACCGAUCUGGGAGAAGAUGCUUCUGGAAAGAUGGAGCAUCCGAUGCCGAUGAUCAAGUAG